ACUCUCCCUCUCCUCCGGACUGCUGUGAUGGGGAUCGACCGGCGGCGGAGAGCCUCUCUGGCUCUCACCCUGAACUUCCUCGCCCUGUUCCUGGCCGUGUCGGCGCUGACCACCAGCUACUGGUGCGAGGGCACGCGCAAGGUGGUGAAACCCUUCUGCACCGGCGUGGUCACCACCAGGCAGGCGUUCUGCAUCAUGUUCAACAGCUCCAACAUCAACGACACGCGCCUGGUCCAGUACAUCUGGGAGACGGGCGAGGACAAGUACGUGAUGAGGAAGUUCCACACCGGGAUCUGGUUCUCCUGCGAGCAGAACAUCAACAUGACCGGUGAGAACUGCAGGAGUUUCAUUUAUGUUGCACCGCCAAAUGAAAGAGGUCUUCUGGGUAUGGUUGCGCACAUGAUGUUUACCACGGCCUUCCAGUUGACGGUCAGCAUAGGCCCAGAGGACUGGAAACCUCAGUCCUGGGACUACAGCUGGUCCUAUAUCUUGGCUUGGGGUUCCUUCACAGCCUGCAUGGCUUCCUCAGUCACCACCAUCAACCGCUACACCAAAACCAUCCUGGAGUUCAAGCACAAGAGAAAGAACAUUGAGAAGAACAUGAAAAUCAAGCAGAAGCUGCUGGAGCUGGACUCCCCGGAGCAGGUGUGGGACAUGUACAUCAGCUCGGUGCCCAGCACGGCCGAGGAGCUGCUGGACCUGUCCUCAAACGGACGCAAGCUCUCCAACACCUCCCUCUUCCUGGACCUCAACGACCUGCCCGACCCACAGGGGGAGGAGUAUUGUUAGAGAC